AUGACUGCUAUUAGGUUAGAUGGCACUGCCAUCGCGAAGAAGAUCCGCGAGAGACUGGCUGCUGAGAUAGUCGAAAAGCAAAAGUCCAACCCUAAAUAUCAGCCAUGUCUCAAGAUCAUCCAAGUCGGUGAUCGAUCUGAUUCUUCAACUUAUGUUCGUAUGAAGCUUAAGGCCGCUCGAGAGGCCAAUAUUACCUGCGAUCUCCUGCAUUUCCCUGAGGAUAUUACCGAGGCCGAGCUCUUGGCGCAGCUACACGUCCUAAAUAAUGACUCUACCGUGUCCGGCGUCCUUGUUCAGCUGCCCCUGCCCAAGCAUGUCGAUGAGUACACCAUUACUUCCGCCGUCGCAGAUGAAAAAGAUGUCGAUGGUUUCGGUACCACAAACAUUGGCGAGCUCGCCAAGAAAGGUGGCCACCCAUUCUUUAUCCCCUGCACUCCAAAGGGAGUCAUGGUCCUCUUAGAGGAAGCUGGUGUAGACCUGAAAGGAAAGGAUGCUGUGGUUCUUGGCCGAAGCGAUAUUGUCGGUAGCCCGGAGAAAUUAAAGAAGGCAGAUAUCGUCGUUGCCGCUAUUGGCCAGCCGGCCUUCGUAAAGGGAGAAUGGCUCAAACAAGGUGCCGUGGUUAUCGAUGUAGGAACCAACUACAUCCCUGACGCAUCUAAGAAGUCAGGCCAACGGCUGGUAGGUGAUGUAGAAUUUGAGUCGGCUUCCCAGGUUGCUUCCUAUAUCACACCAGUUCCGGGUGGUGUAGGGCCUAUGACGGUUGCUAUGCUAUUGCAAAAUGUUGUUAAUGCAACCACCAUGUAUUUCGAUCGACAAAAGCAGAGGCGUAUCGUCCCGCUUCCUCUCAACCUGCGUACUCCAGUCCCCUCUGAUAUCGAGGUUUCAAGGUCACAACCACCGAAACCCAUCACGCGAGUCGCAGAAGAGAUUGGUAUUGCGCAUCAUGAGUUGGAACCCUAUGGCGCAUAUAAGGCCAAGGUGGACCUCACCCUUUUAAAGCGUCUGGAACACCGUCAAAAUGGUCGAUACGUCGUAGUUACAGGUAUCACUCCCACGCCGUUAGGUGAAGGGAAGUCCACCACGACUAUGGGCUUGGCCCAAGCACUAGGUGCGCAUUUAGGUCGAAUUACCUUUGCCAAUGUCCGACAGCCAAGUCAAGGUCCUACCUUUGGUAUCAAGGGCGGUGCAGCUGGCGGUGGGUACAGUCAAGUCAUACCCAUGGAUGAAUUUAACUUGCACUUAACUGGUGAUAUCCACGCCAUCACCGCAGCGAACAACCUUCUUGCCGCUGCUAUCGAGACUCGUAUAUUCCACGAGAACACGCAGAAGGAUGGCCCCCUUUAUCGAAGAUUGACACCGGCAAAGAACGGAAAGAGGACUUUUGCACCCGUCAUGUUCCGCCGAUUGAAGAAGCUAGGAAUUGACAAGACUGACCCUGAGGAGCUCACCGAAGAUGAGAUCCACCGGUUCGCUAGACUAGACAUCGACCCGGAGACUAUCACCUGGAGACGUGUACUAGAUGUAAAUGAUCGCCACUUGCGUGGUGUCACUGUUGGCACUGCGCCGACUGAAAAGGGGCAGAAACGAGAUACCGGGUUUGAUAUUUCUGUUGCCAGCGAGUGUAUGGCUAUUCUAGCAAUGAGCACGAGUCUUGGCGAUAUGCGAGAAAGACUAGGUCGAAUGGUCGUCGCUACGUCGAGGUCAGGAGAUCCGGUCACUUGUGAUGACAUAGGAGCCGGCGGUGCAUUGACGGCCCUCAUGAAGGACGCUAUCAAGCCAAACUUGAUGCAAACAUUAGAGGGAACUCCCGUAUUUGUGCAUGCCGGUCCUUUUGCCAAUAUUAGUAUUGGGAAUAGCUCUAUCCUUGCCGACAAGAUGGCGCUCAAGUUAGCAGGUACAGAGCCCGAUGAGGAUCACAACGCCAAGGCAGGAUUCGCUGUCACUGAAGCUGGUUUUGACUUCACUAUGGGAGGCGAGCGAUUUUUCAACAUCAAGUGCCUUGCUACGGUUCGCGCCUUGAAGGUGCAUGGUGGUGGCCCACCCAUUGCUCCCGGUGCGCCGUUAGACCCUGUGUACAAGCAGGAGAAUGUCGAGAUCCUCCGAAAUGGUUGCGUGAAUCUCAAGAAGCAUAUCGAAAAUGCCAAGGCCUAUGGUUGCCCCGUUGUGGUUGCUAUAAAUAAGUUUGCUACUGACACCGAUGCUGAGAUUGCUGCCCUACGAGAGGAAGCUAUUGCUGCUGGUGCCGAGGACGCCAUCUUAGCAAACCAUUGGGCCGAAGGAGGUAAGGGCGAGCCAAAGGACUUCAAGCUACUGUAUGAUGUGGAUGAGGGUACUAUCGAGCAACGCAUGGAGAGUAUCUGCCAGAAAAUGUACGGCGCAUCCGCUGUUGAAUUUAGCGAGCUUGCCCAAAAGAAGAUCGACACAUACACGAAACAGGGCUUUGGAAACCUCCCAAUCUGCAUCGCUAAGACGCAAUAUUCACUCUCCCAUGACCCGAAUCUUAAGGGCGCACCGACUGGCUUCACCGUUCCAAUUAGGGAUGUGAGGAUGGCCGCAGGUGCAGGAUAUCUGUAUGCGCUUGCUGCUGACAUCCAGACAAUUCCUGGUUUACCCACUGCCCCAGGAUACCUCAAUGUCGAUGUUGAUACCGAGACAGGCGAGAUUGAUGGACUCUUUUAG